AUGGAAAUAUCUGAACCCUCUAUUAGUAUAUUAUUUCUUAGUAAAGUUUUUACUUUGGCCCCCUAUUCUCUACAAAAGAAUGCCAAAGGAAUUUAUAUUAUUGACAAGAGUGUACCGUUUAUAUUCUAUUCAUCAUCGAUAAUUCUACUAUUGGUUUUCCUUACUUAUCGCGGUUUGUUAUUCGAUGCCAAUUCGAAUGUACCCAUCAGAAUGAAGACAGCCACUUCGAAAAUCGUUACAGCUUUGGAUGUAUCGGUGGUAGUUUUGGCAUCGGUUGCUGGAGUAUUUUGCGGCAUUACUGGUUUAAGUACCACCCGAGAACUUAAUGCACGGUUGCGAAAAGUUGACGAAACUAUUAAUGGAUUUAAGGAUGUGAAGAGAGAACGCACCAAGGCUCUGAUUUUGCUUAUAGUUCCCAUGCUGUCUAUAACAAUUUUAUUGGGUUUGGAUAUUGGAACAUGGCUUCGCAAAGCCGCCUCCAUGAAAAUACACGAAGACGAUGAAACAGAUAUGAACAUCAAAUGGUAUAUACCAUUUUAUAGUUUAUAUUUAGUGUUAACCGUUUUGCAUAUAUCCUUUGCCAAUACGACAUUUGGUCUGUGGACACGUUUCAAGGGUUUAAAUUGUUUAUUGCGGACAUCAUUCCUACCACAUGUUCGUGUCAAAGAACCACAAUUGGCAAAAAAUCCAAAAAUUACCACGGUCAAGGCGAAUUCAACGGUGAGCAGUUCGUCAUCAUCGCUGGCAUCGGAGAGUUAUCAACAAAAUGGUUCAGGGAAAACCAAAUCAUUGCUAUUGAAAUUGAUGGCGGAGACCCAUGAGUCCUUGGGUAAAUGUGUUAAAUUGGUAUCAAGCUAUUAUGGUAUGGCAAUUCUGAUUAUACUUGUCUCGUGUUUCCUACAUCUCCUGGCCACUGCUUAUUUCCUUCUAAUUGAGCUAUUCAGCAAUAAUGAUAGUGGUUAUGUUUGGCUCCAAAUUCUGUGGAUCUUUUUCCAUGCUCUACGCUUGUUGGCUGUGGUGGAACCCUGCCAUCGUUUAACUGUGGAAUCUACACAAACUAUACAUAUAAUUUGUGAAAUUGAACGUACCAUACAUGAUUCCAUAUUGGCUGAGGAGGUUAAAAAGUUUUGGCAACAAUUAUUGGUUUAUGAGCCUCGAUUUUCAGCCUGUGGCUUGUGUUUGGUGGAUCGAAAUAUUUUGGCGGCGAUGUUCUCUGGCAUUGCAACAUAUCUGGUCAUUCUAAUACAAUUUCAAAAAUCUAAUGGGUAA